UCGAAGUUCUAAUUUCAAAUAUUGUGUCAAAUGAUUCGCUUUUUUGAAAAUGUCUAUUUAAAAAUUUACAAUAUUAGAGAUUUUGUGAGUUUUUAUACGAAACAAUUACAUUGCGUUUUGGAACUUUACAUAUUUUUAGUAUACGUACAAGUUUAAAAGUUAAAUCUAUGUGGAAACAUGUUGAUAAAUCGGGUGUCGGAAGUGAAUGAUAGGGGUGACCCCAAUACGGAUCGUGUAGAUGACCACAAUCAGGAUUACCAAACUGCCAGUGACCUAUUUGAUAUAAUGUCUAAAAACCACAACCUGAAUGUUACUGGUGCCUUAACUCCUAGUGACUUAGUCCUUCUCUACAAAAAUCUAGAUGUAGGUGUAAAUCUCGUGUCGGAAUCAACUAUCACGCCUAAGAGGAAUAAUCAACACAUUGAGACUGUCGUGUACGAAGAUGGGCCUGAUUCGGAUGAUUCAGAUAUCAGCGAGAUUUACAACACUGAUGACGUCAACGUUUACGACUGUAAUAAAGAGAGGUUGGAUAUCCUUAACAACGGUUCUUCUUGCGGUAACUCCUUGUGCCAGAAACUUGGAGGAAUUGAAAUCCAAUCGUCGAAUAUAAAGGAUUACCACCAGUAUUUCAACAUCUUCCAAGAUCCUUUGAUUAAGGACCAGUUAAAUUACAAUUUAGGCUUUGAAAAUUGUGAUGGCGCUGUGCUUCCCGCCACGCUGUUAGACUACAUUUGCUGCAAACGGCUUGAAGAUAACUAUAAUUUUUACAUGGACAACAUUAUUCGAUAUGUAAAACAUACGAUAGAGCAACUGAAACGCAUCAGUAACGGAGAUUAUUUGACGGACAAAGCUAAAGAGAAAUGGAGAGAAGUUGGGGAUCCCGUUGAUAAGACAAACAAUACAAAAAUUUUAGCAACGUCUACUAGUAUUCCUUUGCACAUUGAACGAAAAAGAAGCAAUCACAUGUCCGCUUGGGACGAUAUUGUACAUUCUGAAGUGGACGUAAGGUCCCUUUCGAAAAUUCUGGAAAAGAAAAUUAUUGUGGAAGUUCCCAAAUUAAUUUGUGGUACAUACAAGUUGUUUAGCAGACGUUGUGCCGAUAACUUAAUCAUUAGUUGUAAAAGAGAAAACGAUCCUAUAGAGGAGGAAAACGAAGGGCCACGUGUCGAUGUGGUGUUGCAACUAGAGAAGUCACAGUCGGGUCACGUGGUCAGCAAUAUUAGCUCGAUCAUGGUUUUAAAAACGAACCAAGAAAUAUGCGCAGAAGAUUCUUUAUCAUUGCCUUACAAAGAUGUAGAAGACUCAUUUUUCGAUGCCAAGGACGGCAAUUCAAGAAGUAAACUACAAAUUGUUGAAAUAAAACCCAAUGAUGAUAAUUGUCUUCAAUUAGUGCCGAAAACAACUCAAGGGGAACCUUAUGGGUGCAAAGACAACUAUUUUAAUGAUGAGGAGAGUCGACAAGGAACACAUGACACCAACGAAUAUCCGUGCAGCGAAAACGAUAAUGUAUGUUCAAAAAAUCAUAGUUUUCUGGAAUCGAGCGAAUCAAAUGACGCCUUUAAAGAUAUUCCAGAUGAUGAACUAGAUCCGCAACCAGGGACCUCUUUCAAUCCUAUGUUAACUGAGGAUCUGCAACUAACAAUGCGAAGAUUUAAUUUGCCGUCUUCAUUACCUGAAGAAAGCGUGGAUGAUGUUUCCCAAAAUACAUUAAAUAAAAAGAAGUCACCAACACGUAUUAGGAUCAAAUCUCCUUACGAAAACCAAUCGCAUCUAUUGGAAGAAAAAAAAAGACGUCGGCUAUUGGAAAUAAGAGAAAAACGAGAGAGAAAGAAAUUGGCGUUGGGUGAGAAUUGCAAAAUAAGCAAGCACAAGUACGCUAGAGGGGGAAUAUUGCCGCAAGCAUCUAGUUCGGUAACGAAGUUGUCAAUUACAAAUAAAUCGUUCUACAAUUCAAUUUACGGUCAAACUGUUGUUGAUCAAUCUAAAAACAAAAAUCGCAAAGGAGGUAAGAAUGAUGCCAUUCCCGAAGUGCCCUUAGACCACGAAGGAGAGCAUGAUGCUCAAAUAUUAACACCAGAUACCAAAAAAUAUAUCAACAGGAGCUAUUAUUUAGACGAUACAGAGACGGAAAUGUUGUACAUGGAUAUGAAGAAAAACGAGAUUAGUGAAAUAAAGGCGUGCUCGGCAUCAACUUCAGUCGAAUCUAGCGAUUUCAGAGCCAACCUUACGUUGCUCUCGCAACUGAUCGGUCCGUCUGUAACAGACCUUAAUGGAAAUGUAAAUCAAGCCAUCUCCGAAGAACAAACAUUAUCGCCAAACGAAACGAGUGUUGUUGAUGCCAAGGACAAUGUUGAACCUAUAGCCAUAGUUACCACUAAAAGUAUAAUCAAUUUAGCUCCAGCAAAUACACCUAAACAUGAAUCUACACGAGACAUUAAUGACCAAAAAAAACCAUCAUCUUCAGUGGAGUGUAGAAAGAGUAUUGAUAAAAUAUAUGACUUGAUGAAAAAACUUGAGAACGGGGAUGGGGAUGAAGAGGACGUACCAAAACCUAAAUUAACUUCAGCACCUACUGACCGAGUUGACACUAUAGGCCGUCGAGUGAGUUCGACAAUUCAAGGUAGCGACAGCGGAACCAGUCUAAAACAUCGCCUUACGUCAUCGAAUCCCAGUUGUUUUAGUUUUGAGAAAACUAAUAUUGAAAUACCAAAACUGAAGACUUUGAAUAAGGGGCCCGAAAUUCCAGUGGUCCCUAAAGUUAUAAUUAGUAACAAAGUACAAAUUAUAAAGCCGGAUGGAGAGAAAAGUAAGAAGCCAAAGAGAUCGAUUACAAGUCCUACGGUUAAAACGCAAGACAAUCCUUUAAAGGCAAUAUCUCAAUUGCUACAUGAAUUUGAUAACGUUCAAAAGUGCAGACAAAAAACCGGUGAUCUUAAACCGAUUAAGAAGCAUGAAAUUACAUCAAAUGAUGUAAAAAGCAUUUCCUGCCAGGGUUCUUCCAAAAGACGUUCUCGUCUCGAAUUACAUUUCAAAGAAACAGAAGUUUUGGAGAGGCCAAAAGUAACAUCACCUCGCAAACUUAAAACCAGUUUAGGGUUAAAUAGAAAUGCUCGGCAACCCAUAAUCUCUGAUGACAACCAUAAUAAACUUACUAAACGGAAAAUAAACGAUAUUAUAGACGAGGUGAAGGAAGCGAGAGGUGAGGCUGUCAAGGGACCUUCUAAAUUUUAUUCGAGAUUGAAUUCUCUUGCGCAACCAAAGAAAUCGUAUGUCCAAGCUCGCAUCGAUGAGCAUCCUAUUAGAGCCGUCAAGGCUCCACCAGAGAAACCGCAAAAGUUGGCAUUGGCACCCCUUUUAUCUGAGAGGAAUGUGGGCUCUACAAAUACUAAAAAUAAGCUGAAGGGGACUGGCACCGAGGCAACUUCCUCGGUGUGUAUUAAGCAACCUCCAGUGCAGCCUAUAGAAAAGACGGUGAGGAAGCGACGGUCGGCAAACAGCAGCCCUGAGGAUACAAAUAAACCCACGUCGCCGGCGUCAACGUCUAAAAGAAACAACGUGCCGCCAACACCAGAAACAUUGAAAAAAAUGGUGGCUGUGGAAUCGUACGUUAAACGUAACUACAGACGUGCGCCACCGACGUCGCCGCUGCGCGACCGCCCAUUGGUGUUCGGGCUAAAGUCGCGCAUUCCACUGCUGCCAAAAGAUAUCGAGCUGGGUUCAAUAACAUCAGCUAACACCGCGGAGGAGUCCACAGAAGUCGGCAGCAAACUUCAUCACAUGAUCAGCACAAUGCUCGACGUAACGCAAGGCCUCACCGUCCUAUCUGACGAUCACAAAAAAUGCUACAAGGAAACCGACCAGUCUAUUGCUGAAGAUUUGUACAAAGGUGAUGAAAGGGCUUCUGUAGAUUCUGAUUAUCCUGUAGACGUGUUUGAAGACAAACACAUUGUAACUGCAGUAGAACAUAUACCUUACAGAGUUACUGCGGAUAAAAUAAAUGAAGAGAACUUUAACGUGAUUAAAUCAACAACAGAAAUACAAAAGUUGGAAAAUGCUCUAAGCCGUAAGUGGCCUAUUGGAGCUUUCUCGAAACGACUGAGGAUUAAAAACUUGACGCUGACUCCAAAGCAUUCUAUGCAACAAGUGUUCGUUCUACAGAGUGGUGAUGUUGGCUCUUUAGUUAUUAAAUCUUCGCUUUCAAAGACAAUCAAUUUAGAAACUAGCCACGAAAUGCAGGAUUUUAAGGUUUUGCCUGUAAUGUCGAAAACUAAGCUGGAUUGGGGUUAUACUAACUUUCCGAUGCAAAUUUCCACCGUUGGAUACGCAUUUCCGCAUUGUCAAUCUCCUUUUGAACCUAAUUCUAAGAUCAAAUCUCUUGAUGAUGUUGUUAGAACGACGGAACCCUUAGAUAAUAGUCUAGAAUGUCUUGAUUUGAAAACUAUUAUAGAAGAACCAAAACCAAACAUGGUUCAAAUAGCUGACAAUGAAGGAAAUACCGAUGAGUCUAGCAUACCUGCUCUGAAACUUAAACCGGAAGAGGGAAAAAUGGACUUAAUAAAUUCUACAGUGGAUACAGAACCUAAAUCGUGUAAAAAUACGAAUGAAACGUGCUUGAAAGCGCCUGACUGUGACGACGAAGCUGUACAGAAAACUGAUAUAAAAAACAUAGAUUACACAACAUCGUUAGACAUGCUAGUUGGUCUGCUGAACGAAAUACAAAAAAUUACGUCAUGUCAAACUCACAUUACUAACAAUGCUGCUGACGAUCAGCCAUGCAAAGAGCUGGAAUCGAUUCUAGAUAACGCAGCUACUUUAGAAGCUUUGUCAAAUAAUCCCAAGGAUCUAGUUUCUAUUACUUCGUUAGAUAAGUUGAGAAAAUUAGAAUCCCAUCCUAGUUUGUAUACUAUUUAUCUUUCUAGUGAUGAAGAGAAUGAUAAUGAAAGUAGAAACUUACUGAAUGUAACUACAGAUGCUAGUCAACCAUUGUACGUCGAUAAAGAAGUUAAUGUGGAUAUUGACGUCAAAAAAUAUAUAAAUCGUUUCACUGAUGUUCCUUCUAUAUUGCAGUUAAACGUCAAUCACAGCACUAAUGUAACUAAUUCGCUUAUUGGAGUAUUAAGUCAGCCAUCGAGCCAGUCGGUUUUUUCUUUUGUGGAAUAUCAGACGUUAUAUUCAAACUCUUCUUUUCAUAAAUAUAAUAAGAUCGUAAAAUGUCCGCAACCUAUCGUGGACGAAACUAAAGAUAAUUCCCCGUUACACUCCGUUGCUGUGUGCAAGGAUAAAGGGGAGUUGAAUGAGAAAGUUGCUGUUAAUACAUAUAAACUCGCUUUACCCUGCAAAGAAACGGCAAAAAAAGCGAACCAAACAUUGAUACGUUGCAAAAAAGUUGUGAAAAGAGAAUGUAAUGUUCCAGGAUUUGAUCCUAUGUUAAAAAUGAAAAGGGAUAUAUUGGUGACAGUGUAUUCUAUUUUAGUUCUUACUGUAUUUGCAGCUUUGUCUUUUCCUGAAGUUGUGUAUCAUGUUUGAGAAUUUGCGCAGUUUAAAUAUUUAUAUACAAUCCAUCAAUAUUAUAUUAGCUUGGGAAAAUUUAUUGUAACGGUUGAUUUACUUUUAUAACUUAAAUUAUGAUGAUUAUAACGAUUUUCUAUAA